AUGAAUAUAAAUGAACAACAUGUUCAAACAUUGCCAUCAUCAAUUGAAAUGGUGAUGAACUCUGUAAAAGGUGAUAUUUUGAUUGCUGGAGGUUACACACAAGAUUCCAUUAAGAGUGUUGAAAUAUUUUCAUGGAAGGAGGAGAAAUGGUUUAACAUUGCAUCAAUGGAAAAUGAACACAGGCGGGCUUCAUCGUUUAUUUAUAAGAAUAAUUUAUUUGUUGUUGGAGGAUAUUGCUGCAAGUCAAUGGAGACAUUGAAUAUAAAACAGUCUCCUUUGACAUGGAAGAUAUUUCCUGCAGAGCUUCCUUAUGAAUGUUGGGAUAAUCAAACUGUUGUUUAUAAACAACAAAUCCUUCACAUUGGAGGAUGCAUUAUUGGCAAACGACUAUCAGAUUUGAUCAGUGAAAUAAAGAUAAAUGGUACAACAUUUCAUGUUUUGAAAGAGUUGUGUCAUAUGCCUGAACCACGUCAGUGCUAUGGAGCUGUUGUUGUUGAUGAUAAAGUUCUUAUUUUUGGAGGAGAUGGAAAAGAUCGGAAAGUUUUGUCCAGUGUUUUGGAAUUUGGUCCAAGGACUCUUACAUUUAAGGAAAUGCCUCCAUUAACUUAUCCAUUGACUCAAAUGGCAACAGUUCAAUGGAGAGAUCAAGUUGUUCUUCUUGGAGGUUAUGAUGGAAGAGAAAAAUUGAACAGUGUUAUCAUGUAUGACAGCAAAACAGGUAAGAUUACAGUCUUACCAUCCAUGUUGGAAAAGAGACAGGGGUGUUGUGCAGUUAUAACAGGUGAUACAAUUGUUGUCAUGGGAGGUGUGAAUGAUAAAGGUAAUUAUCUUCAUUCAGUGGAAUGUUUUAAAAUGGGAAGUAGUUCUUCAUGGACAUAUCUUCCUUCAAUGAACGAUCCACGAUACUUGUCCGUAGCCAAAGUUUUACCUUUUGGACAAAAGUAUGUAUAA